UUUUCUUUCCAGACGGAUAAGUCAGUGCCUAACACUUUGAUCAUAGCCAAUUGUGACGUGGUGAAGCCCAGGGUUGCAGCAGAAAAUCACAUUGCAAAUUUCAAUGAAGAAGCACGCUCGCCAUUUGUGAAGAAGUACAAAACCAUAAUACACCCAGGAGAGGUUAACAGAAUCAGAGAACUCCCACAAAACAAAAACAUAGUGGCAACCCAUACUGAUGGUCCUGAAGUUCUCAUUUGGGACAUUGAAGCUCAGCCCAAUAAACAUGCUGUCUAUGGUGCUGCUGCUUCGCGUCCGGAUCUGGUAUUGAGUGGACAUCAAGACAAUGCAGAAUUUGCUCUGGCACUGUGCCCAAUGGAACCCUUUGUACUCUCUGGAGGAAAGGACAAAACUGUGGUAUUGUGGAGCAUUCAAGACCACAUUUCAACAUUGGCAGCAGAUGCAACCAAGCCUGCUGGAUCAGCUGGCUCUAUAAUUAAGUCUGCUGAUAAUCCAUCUAUUGGUCCACGUGGUAUCUUCCAGGGCCAUGAGGAUACAGUUGAAGAUGUUCAGUUUUGCCCUUCAAGUUCACAGGAAUUUUGUAGUGUUGGUGAUGAUUCAUGCCUCAUAUUGUGGGAUGCUCGAGUUGGUAAUAAUCCUGUUGUGAAGGUAUGAUGAUUACUUUCUUGAUUGU